CAAGUCGGUUAAAUUGCGCAACUAAUAUCUGAACCUCCAACCCACCGAAAAAUCCUCCUCCAUUUUUCAUUUUUCCUCAUUUUCUUUUUCGGCUUCUUCUCCGACCUCCGUAGGAGCCAGUGCACACUCUUAAAACGCUCCGUUUUGGUCAAUUUCGAGGAUAAAAAAAAAAAAAAGAAGAAGAAGAAGAAAAAUCUAGUUCGAUAGAAACCAAAACCAUGGCCUCGAUUUCUGUGGCGGAACCUUUUGCCGUCAUCUCUAACCGUCUAGCCUGCCCAACCAGUGUUUCCUCUGCUGCUACUUUCUUCGCUUGUCAGCUGCCGUGCUUGUUGCUCUCUCGGCCUCGAUGCCGACUUCUGUCUGUGUCCAACUCUGCUUUUCGGUGCUUCCGCUCUUCUGAUGGCGUUUUCGGCAGCCUCCGUAGGUUCUCCUCCGUUGUCGCCGCUAGCGGUACCUUGACGGCGAAUUCUCUACCGACAAAAAGUGGAGUGUAUACUGUUGGUGAUUUUAUGACAAGAAAAGAGGAUUUGCAUGUUGUUAAACCCACAACAACUGUAGAUGAAGCACUUGAAAUUCUUGUGGUAAAUAGAAUAACUGGUUUUCCGGUGAUUGAUGAUGACUGGAAAUUGGUUGGGCUUGUCUCAGAUUAUGACUUGUUAGCACUGGACUCUAUCUCUGUAAUGCAUAAUUUUCCAAUGUUGCAAUUAGGUGGUGGACAAACUGACGACUUGUUUCCUGAAGUUGACAGUAGUUGGAAAACAUUUAACGAGGUACAAAAGUUGCUCAGUAAAACAAAUGGAAAAUUGAUUGGAGACGUGAUGACACCAGCUCCUGUUGUUGUUCGUGAGACAACUAAUCUUGAGGAUGCUGCUAGAUUAUUGCUGGAGACAAAAUAUCGUAGACUUCCAGUUGUAGAUGCUGAUGGUAAGCUGGUUGGGAUUAUUACAAGAGGAAACGUAGUGAGAGCUGCUCUUCUAAUUAAACACGCCACUGAAAUGAAAGCAUAGGAUUGGAUGUCAGAAGUACACGAUUUGAUUCCGAAAUGGAAUGGUGAGACGCGGAAGCUGUUGCAAGACGUUGACUCUUCUAUGUGUACAAUUUUGGUGUGUGUUUGUAAAACACCUGUAACAUUCUUGGUUGUAGUUAAUCAAAAAGAGUAUUAACCA